AUGGACUUUCCUCACUGGCCAUUGUCGUUCUCGACGGCAAGUUUCUCGGAGGUGGCCGAGGCAGCGUGGAGGAGGUGGGAUGCCAUAGGCCAGCUUCACUUCAAGCUCCGUGACAGCCUGCAAAAUUUGGUUCCUAGCAUGCCGAGCAUCCGACGAAGCGUGACAUCUCCCGAUUUUAAUGAGAUCUUCCGAGAUCAUCGGCGGAACGCGCUCGGUCGCAGCGUGUUCCGCUGCACCUUCGACGACAAUCACAUCGGCCUUGCAGAUGAAUCUCGUCGACGUGCCCAACAUCCGCUGCUGACCCACCGCCGACGGCCUUCCCCACUCGCCAUCACGAGCACGCCGCUGCUCACCACCACGCGCACCGCGGCGGAUCCAGCAGCUGCCUCGUCACACUGCUUCUGCCUCCAUCUUCCAACCGUCUCUCUGGUGCGCCGCCUCGACCAAGCGCCAGAGCCCUCGAUCCUCAUCAUUCAUCCUCCAUCCAACCCGCUCAACAUCCCCACCCGCCGUCGCAGGACUCAGAGCGCCAACCUGCAAGACGCGCUCAACUGUCGCAUCAACCUCUCCUCCUUCACUCCCUCCAACACCGCUCCCGCACAUCCCACGGCCACCACCCACUCCGCCUCGGGCUCGGCAUCGCGUGGCGCCGACGCAGCCGCCAGCUCCAGCUUUCCUCCGCCACCCUCCUCCUCCUCCGCCGCCAACGCUCCCCUCGCUACAUCCAGCUCCUUGAUCGAAAACCUCGUCAACACCGGUCAGAAUCCGGCACUCCGCAAGGUCCUCUUCCAGCUCGGAUCGGCGCAGAACUCGGACCUAUCCGCGGUCACCAACUCCCUCUCGUCGUCUGCACCGGCGUCGUCCACGCCUCUGUCCGAGCUAGCUGCAGCAGGCGCUGACCCUUCGCGAGCCGACCCGUCGUUGCAGGCUUCCGAGGGCAGCGCAUCUACUGCUACUCACGGCUCAUCCUUGCCGCCAACCAGCAGCAACAGCGCCGCCAGCGACUCCCUUUCGCAACCUACGCCGCAGCGACAACCCUGGCAACGUCCGCCGUCCUUUGAGGGAGGCACUUCUUUCCGCCAACAUCUCGAGCGGAGCCAGGUCCAGCUCCAACAACCGCCCACCAUGUCUGCUCCCACCUCACAACCCCAGCCUCAGGCCGGCAUGGCCCCGCAAUCCCAGAACCAAGGCGGGCCUCUCGACUCGGUCACGCUCGGUCAGCUUCGCAACCUCAUCGUCACAGACAAGCCAAAGUCGAGGCAGUACGACUUUCCCAUCGAUGCCGAUGCCGACAACAUGCAGAACGAGAUCGACGAAUUCUACUCGUACGUCGAGGUGCCGCAAACCGCAGAGAACAGGACCGCAUGGGAAGAGUGGUGCACCAUGCCCACCCACUUGCGCCACGCUGGCUACUCUUCCACCGGCUCCGAGCUCGGUACCGCAGAACCGUCCUCUUCGCUUGGCCUCGGUCUCGACCUCAACCACGCCGGUGUGGCCCCCCACAGCGCUGAAGCCCAGUCCGCAGGCAUGCCCAGGAGAGCAAGCCUGGUCGAGCCGGCCCUUGGAGAGUGGACUACGCUUGGCAGCUCCACGCGCAGACGCAUCCUCCAGUCGCUCCUUUCCACUCUCGAAGUGCGCGACCCUGAAGCCCGUUUCCGCGCCUCUCGUGCGCUGCUCUACCUGCUCCAAGGCGCCUUCGCAGACACAGCUGGCCCAGAACAUCAAUUGCACUGGCUCCUCGAAAACGCUCGCAUGGUCCGAUCGCUCGGUGGUCUGGGCGAAAUUUACUCGGCCAUCAAACUCGCCAGCUGGAAGCACGACUACCUCAGCUCCCUUCCGGACCACAUUCCCUCUCACGAGCCUGCUCAUUCCGGUCAGCAAGGCCCCGCCAACGCGCCACUGCUCACCCCAGAGGCAAAGCUCGAGUAUCUCGACGAGAUCAACCUCGAACUCGCGCUCCACUUCGCCCAGCUCUACUCGCUCCUCGAGAGUUCUCGAGGCGAGGAGGAAUGGGGCGACGAGCUCAUGAGUCUCGAUCCUCCGCUUCCCAUUUUCCUCUUCGGCCUCGUGGCAUCGUUGCGCGAGAAGAGCGCCAAGGGCUAUCCGGUAAAGAAGCUCUUACUGCUGCUGUGGAAGUCGCUCCUCUCGUGCUUCGGAGGGGUCAAGGACGUCGAGCGCUGCAAGCUCCUCGCCCGCGAGAUCGAGGGUCUCGGCCCCAUCGACAAGUCCACCAAGCGCAACGUCCUCAAAUCGGAUCCACUCCACUUUCAGGAUUUCCAGCACGAGAUCUCGGUCAAGUACCCGACAUUUGAGCCGCCAAAACGCCAGGAUCACGAUCUGCCCCUCGACAAGCUCGCCAGCGCCAUCCAUCCCAUCCCGCCCCGCAAGCCGUUUAGCAACCAUCUCGAUGGCUCGGAUCGCUACUCUGGCGGACCUCAACAAGGACCUAAUGGCAUGCUCCCUGGCACGCCCGCGCCAUCUCCUCCUCCGUCCCCCAAGCCCAACAAGGCCAAGUACCAGACGGACCAGACACGGCCAUUCAUCUUCCCCUACAGCCGUCAGGUGCACGGCCAGGGUCGUCUCGUCCCGCGCAGCAUCGACGAAGCUUCCAAGCUCUACACGGAGCACAUGCACGUCAGCCUGGAACUGUGGCAGACUUGGAGAGUGCGCGAACAGUGCAUCCAAGAAGAGAGCGGCGUCGGCAGCGCCGCCGACGGCACUCGCAUCGGGCUUGGCGUCAAGUCAGCCGCAUCGAAAGCCUACGUCCGCACCGACGCAGCCUCGUCCUCGCAAGGCAGUCGCAGCCCAGUCAGCUCCGAAGCCUUUCCGCCCCGCGGUGUCUCGGAGCGCACCUUCAAGGUCAAGGGCGAAGCCACCUAUGAGCAUCUCGUCGAGAUCGAAGAAGACAUCGAGGCGGAACUGCGCGACGUCGAAGGAGACCACAUGCUCGCGGCACUCGACAAUCCGCGUCAUACAGAGCUGAUCGAUCAGCUGGCACAGAAGAGGGCUGACGUGCGUCGACUCCAGCGCGUCGACCAGCUCUAUCGCGCCGUCCUGCCGCAGCUUCAGUCGUCGGUCAUCGUGCUGCUCAAGCUCUUGCUCGCCACGGUCACCUCGAUCAACACCAACUCGGCACACGCUGCAGCGAUCGCCGAGGGCGCUCCGAUCGACGAAGCACCGCCUCCGACCCUCGAGGAUGUCGACGUGGCGCGCCAUCGCGAGAUCCUGACCAAAGCCGUCUCGGCCAUCCUCUUGCUCUGCCUCAAGUGGUUCAAGGCGAGCCACGUGAUGAAGUUCAACUACCUCUCGCAAGUGCUCGUCGACAGCAACGUGCUGCUGCUCAUCCUCAAAAUCUUUGGGCUUCAGGAGAUCGCGCACGGCGUCAAGACAAAGAACGAAGCGGACAACUUCCGCUUCUUCAACUACUGCUAUCUCAACGGUGGUCGCGAGGCCCGCGGCCCUCGGGCUGAGGACUCGCUCAUGUCGCGACACAACAUCAUCGGGCCCGUCGCCAUCAAUCCGGGCACCACGUCGCCGCCGCCGGGCAAGGCGACGCUCAUGCCCGACGGCACCGAGGUCGAGAUGGUGAGCGACUACUCGUGGCGCAACUUUUUCUCGUCGAUCAACUUUACCCGCAUUCUGCAGAAGCUCACCAAGCGCAAGGUGCACCGCAUCCUGCUGCUUGUGCAGUACAAGAGCUCGGCGAUCCUCAAGCGCUCGCUCAAGGUGCCUCAUCCGGGACUGGAACUCUACGUGCUCAAGGUGAUCAAGAGCCAGAUCCCGUUCUGCGGGCGCAAGUGGCGCCAGAGCAACAUGCGCGUCAUCACGAGCAUCUAUCUCAACUGCCGCCCCGAUCUGCGCGACGAGUGGCUGAGUGGCUCGGAUGUCGAGGCGGACGUCGAGGACUCGCUGCCGCAGGAACAGGCGCUGCGCUCGCUCGUCAAGUUCUACAACCAUACGCGCUUCGGUCCGCCGCCCGGCGCCGCGAUCGGCCACGGCGAAGGCCACGGCCAUCGACGCUCGAUCAGCACGAGCGCCGAGCGACACCAGCAGGAGAUGCAGAACGGCCAGCAGCAGGGCCAUGCGCAGCCGCACAUGCAGUCGCAGUUCCACGCGCAGCAGCCGCAGCACCAGCAGGGCGGUCAGCAGCACGGCGCGCAAUCCGACGGCGGACCGCACUCGCAGGAGGCUCAGCAGGCGCAGCGUGGUGGCAUGUCGAACGGCGACGGCGCCAACGAGCACGGCGCGCCGCCUGCGACGCUGUCGCCUACACGCACGGCCAACGGGCCGUCGUUCUUUGAGAGCGACGUGCUGCCGCCGCUGCGGCGCUCGCACCAGGCGUCGGCGCCCGGCGGCUACAUCCCGGACGACGUUGUCGAGGGCUAUCUGGACACGUACGAGGAUGUGCUGGGCGAGGUGUUUGGCGAGAACGUCUUCUACCCCUCGGACGGCGGUGGCGAAGGCGGGGCGGCGGAAGACGACGGGUCGGGCGGCGAGGCGGGUGCGAGUGGUUCGGGCUGGAGCUCGGGCAAGUGGGGACUGACGCAGCAGGGGUCGUCGACGGCGUGGGCGCGGCUGGGCGAGAUCCUGGGCGAGACGGGCAUCACGGAUGCGGACACGGCGAGCCUCGACUCUGCGCACUCCGGGGCCGGCAGCGUGGCUGGGUCGCUGACCGACGACGAGGGCGAGCGCGACGAGAACCGCAACGACUGGGAGCACAUGUCGCCCAAGGAGAUGCGCUUCCUCAGCUCGGGCGUGCUCUCGCCGCCGUCGCCGUCGCCGAUCCCGCUGCACGGGGGCAAGCAGCCGUCGCCGCUGCAGUCGCCGCGCAUGAGUGCGGCGGAGCUGGGCACGUCGGCGCUCGACACGUCGCCCGGCUCGCCCGUGCGGCCGUUUACGAUCUCGGGCGUGAGCUCGGGCGGCGGCUCGGGGUCGCGGCCGGGAUCGCGGCGCAACAGCCGCUCCAACUCGGACAGCAGCCCGCUGCGGCCCGUGCUGACCGACUGGGCGGACGACGAGCAGCUCGACCAGAUCGACCGGCUCGCGCAGGCCGAGGCGCGCGGCGAGGACGAGCAGGACCUCGACACCGCACAGCCGCUGCCCCUGCACAGCCGCAAGGCGGGCGGCAUCGACGAGGUGGAGCACAUCUUUGGCACCUGA